CGGCUCUGCCCGGCGGCGGCGCUGGCGCUGGCGCGGCCCCUGCGCGGGGCGCGGCCGGGCGGCGCGGAGGGAGGGAGGGAGGGUCCGGGGGAGGCUCCGCGCUCAGAGCCGCGGCCGGCAGAGCUGGGGCUGCCCAUGGGGCGCCGCGCUGCCUGACCCGGCCGCGGGCCGAGCCGCCUGCCCUGCCCUGCCCUGCCCUGCCCUGCCCUGCUCCGCCGCCCCGGCCCCGCGGCCGCGCUCCGCUCCGCUCCGCUCCGCUCGCUGCCGCCGGGCGCCGCGGGCUUGCGCCGCCGCUCGCCUCGCCUCGCCUCGCCAUGGGAGAUGUGGUCUCCACUCACCUGGACGAGGGCCGCCGCCAGCACAUCGCAGAGAAGACCGGGAAGGUGCUGGAUGAGUUUUGCCGGUGCUACAAGGAGCAGUACGGAGUAGCGCUCUUCAACAGCGUCCGCUAUGAAAUCGAAGGCAACGGUGGGCCGCAGUCGCAGCUGCUGCACCGCAAGGUCCCACUGGAGGACCAUGUCAUCUACUCGGGCAACCUCUUCCAGUACAUUGAGGAGAACAAGAAGUGGAGGAACCGCUUCUGCGUGGUCCCGCACAACUACGGCUUGGUGCUGUACGAGAACAAACUGGCCUACGAGCGAGUGCUGCAGCCCCGGGUGCUGGUGAACAGUGCUGGCUACAAGAUCCUCACCUCCCUCGAGCAGUACCUGGAGCUGGUUAACAGCAGCCUGCCUGGCACGACACCCAAGUCCGGGAACACCCCGAUCCUGAAGUGUCCCACCCAGUUCCCCCUCAUCCUCUGGCACCCCUACUCCCGGCACUACUACUUCUGCGUGAUGACGGGGAAGGAGCAGGAGAAGUGGCGGGCUGUCUUCCAGGACUGCGUGCGGCACUGCAACAACGGGAUCUCCGAGGACUCCAAAGUGGAGGCCCCAGCCUUUACGGACGCCGUCCGCAUGUACCGCCAGUCGAAGGAGCAGUACGGCACCUGGGACAUGCUGUGCGGCAACGAAACCCAGAUCCUGAGUAACCUGGUGAUGGAGGAGCUGGUCCCGGAGCUGAAGAGCGCCAUCGGUCCGAGGCUGAAGGGCAAGGUGCAGGAGCGGCAGAGGACCUGGAUCCAGAUCUCGGAUGCUGUCUACAGGAUGGUCUAUGACCAGACAAAGACCCAGUAUGAUGCAGUAGUGACCAAAUGUGAACUGGAACGUCCCCAGAUGGAGAGCACCAUCCGUACAGACAUGGACCAGAUCAUCACUUCAAAGGAGCACUUGGCCAGCAAGAUCCGAGCAUUCGUCCUCCCCAAAGCGGAGAUCUGUGUCCGUAACCAUGUCCAGCCCUACAUCUCCUCCAUCCUGGAGGCUCUGAUGACCCCCACAAGCCAGGGCUUUGCCGAGGUGCGGGAGGUGUUCUUCAAGGAGGUCACGGACAUGAACAUGAACGUCGUCAACGAGGGCGGCCCGGAGAAGCUGGCAGAGUACAUGGAGAAGCUUUCGCACCUGGCCUUCCAUCCUGUCAAGAUGCAGUCAUGCUAUGAGAAGAUGGACCAGCUGAAACUGGAGGGUCUUCAGCAACGGUUUGAUGUCUCCAGCACAUCUGUCUUCAAGCAGAGGGCCCAGAUCCACAUGAGACAGCAAAUGGACGAUGCUGUGCACACAUUCGAGACCCUCCUCCACCAGGAGGUGGGGAAGCUUCAGGGCAAAGACGACCUGUGCAAGUCAAUCCAGCGCAUCCUCGAGCGGGUGCUCAAGAAAUACGACUACGACAGCAGCACUGUGCGGAAGAAGUUCUUCAGGGAAGCCCUGCUCCAGAUCACCAUCCCCUUCCUGCUGAAAAAGCUGGCACCAACCUGCAAGGGGGAGUUAGCCAAGUUCCAAGAGCUGAUCUUUGAGGACUUUGCCAGCUUUAUCCUCGUGGAGAACACUUACGAGGAGGUCGUGCUGCAGUCGGUCAUGAAAGACAUCAUGCAAGCUGUGAAGGAGGCGGCCGUGCAGAGGAAGCACAACCUAUACCGCGACAGCAUGGUGAUGCACGACAGCGAUCCCAACCUCCACUUGCUGGGCGAGAGCAUCCCCAUCGACUGGGGAGAGCAGUACAGCAACCAGCCCGAUGCUGAGCCGGCCGCUGACAAGCGCCGCAGGGCCAAGCAAGUGGUGUCGGUCAUCCAAGACGACGAGGGGGCCCUGCCUUAUGAGUCAGGCACCGAGGUGCUGAUGCACCAGACCUCCCAGGAGGAGCAUGAGCCGGAGGAGCCGGACCCUCAGGCAGCACCAGGCUCUCCUGGCAGUGUGAAGGAGAUCCGGGAAAUGCUGGAGAAGGAGGUUCCCAAGGAACCCGCGGGCCCUGCUGAUGUCGAGGCAGAGGAACGGCUGACGAACGGUACCAUCGUCACCCAGGAGAGCAGUGCCUCCAAGGAGCCAGUGGUGGAAGGGUCCCAGGAAGCCACUUCUGCAGAGAGCUCUGCCCCGCGCCCUGCCACCACCCAGGGCCCAGCCAGCACGGGGACAGGGGUGCGCCGUGCCGCACCCGCAGCGCCCACGUCCCUCCCCGAGCCCUCUCCCUCGCCAGCAGAGCACGAGGCCAACGCGGAUAGCCACAAACCCAGCGACAAGGAGACGGGAGAGGAGGUGUCGGCACUGGGCAGCGAGCACAGCCUGGAGCCCGCUGAGCCGGCCGCCGCGGGCAGCGUGGGCACGACGGAGAGCGGCGAGGCGGUGCAGACUGAGUUCUAGCCUGGCUGCCCCCCACGCGGGCACGUCCCGGGGUGCCAAGGGCGGACUGGCCUCGGUGACGCCGGGGGCUUGGGGGGAGGGUGGGGAUGCUUGUAGGCUGGUCCGGCCGCGGCGCUAGGACCUACUGCGUUCUCGGGGUUGGAGCCCAGCGCUCUGGGAGAGGGAGGGGAUGGGAAACACCAAGAUGUUACUGCCUAACCGGGGAGGGAGUCUCCGCUGCUGUGUGGCUGGCCAGAACCAAGUGGUCUCACUGGGUCAGGCUGGGGGUCCUCCCCGGAGGCCCCCAGCUCAAUAUAGGGCACCCUCUGCACUCUGCUUUAACCUUCUGUGUUAUUUUCUUCUUCUCUACUGCAGAGAUGCUUUAUCCACAUCCCUCGACUGAGCCCCGGUGCUGGGGGCUGCCAGGAGGUGGGAACGAGACCCUCUUCGGCAGCAGGACGGGAGCCUGGGGCCGGGCUGGCUUUGCAGGGUGCUUCCCAGGUGCCUGGCGUCUUACCCUGGUUGGCCACACGGCCUGCUUGGCACGCCGGGCCCUGGCGGGGCCAGCCCUGUCCCUCACCCCAGGAUGGGCAGGAGCUCACCUUCGGCUCUUCCCCUGCCCAAAUCCAUGAGGUUUUUCCUGGGAGCCCCUCUGCGCUGGCAGCCCAGCAGGGAUGCUCCUGGACCCAGCUAGCCGGGGAGCACUGAAGCACCCAUGCCCGAAGGAGGGAGUUUCAUGGACAACUUCCUUCUCCCUUAAGUAGCGCUGAUGGGAGAGAGGGCUGCAGGAGGUAGAUGAAAAGCCUGGCGGAGGGGUCUGGAGAUGCUGGUAGGGGAGUGAGAGGCUUUGUAGAGUGAUCAGGGGAGACGAGAGGUCUGGCGGGAGCGUGAAGGAGGCCAGGAGAGCAGUGGAAGUGUGGGCCAGAGGGAGAAGUGCGUCUGGUGAAACAGCAACGCUUACAAGCUUUAAUUGCUGCUCUAGGAGCGUCGUGGGAGGUGGCCAGGCCACUGGCAUGUGGCAGCCGGUGGGCAGCAAAGCCCCCUGCGCCGAGGCUGCCCUUUCCCGGGAGCGGGACUGCACCUAGGGUUUUCUAGCAGCUACUGAAGUCUAACGUAAAAGCUUUCUUGUGGGGGAAGGUGUCACUAGUGCCACUUUUCCAGCCUUGCCUGUUAGGACUGGGCUGCCGUGGGCGGCCCCGGGUUCGGUGGCUCCAUGCGUUUCUCGGCUGGGGUAUGCAGCCUUUCCAUGGACGGUAUCGUGGCUCUCAUCCAGGGGAGCUCCCUGUCAUCUUCCAAAGACGGAUUUCUCCUGGGCCCUCUGUGGCUUGCAGGUUUUGGCAUCUGCGGUGGCAUUUGGGCGAAGACAUGGUGCCUUUAUUAGAGGUUGGGGAAAGCAUUUAGGAGGCAGCCGGCUCUGUGGCCCAGCAGGCUUUAGGGAGCCCAAACGGAGCAGCUGGUAGUUCUUAUAGGAUGGGCCAGUGACCUCUCUGUGCGGGCAAAGCUCCGUGUGCUGCACUCUGCCCUUUGGGGACCAGGUGAAAUGUCCUCCAACCGCAGAGAGAACAAAAAGCUUUGCUCCUGGAAAGGGCUUUCAGGCCGUCACCAGCCGCAGGUGGGGCACUGCAGGGCACGGCUCUGCCCCUGGAGCAGCUUCGCCCCGGGGCUGCUGCCAAGGGCAAGAUUCACAAGUGGGGGAAGGAGAGAGGGUGCUUGGACACAAACUCCAUGUAGAUACAGCUAAAGCAUGUGACAGGUAGUUGACAGGACUUGGCAACUGAGUGGGCUGCUGAGACCACAGUUGUGUGUGCAGAGUACGGACCGGGAGCCCGGCUCUCCCCCCUGCUGCAGAUAACCUCGACUUCUGCGUGUAUUUUAAAUGCCGUUUCUGUCUUUGAACGGGGGACGCCCAGUCUAAACCACUUGGGGAGGCCCCCCCCAAAGUGCCUUGCUUUGGGAACUUAAAAAAACCUGUCUCUUCCAAGAUAUUUUAUUAAGAAUGUUAUACAAAUGUUUAAAAAUAUGCUUAUAAUAAUUAAUAAAAAGGAAAAAAAGCUUUAUUUAAAGUCA